AUGUCUGGUCAAGCAAACAACCCCGCCAACUUUGCCAACCGUCCCCGUGAGGAGGUUCAAAACAUCGCUUCUAAGGGAGGUCAAGCUAGCCAUUCCGGAGGUUUUGCCAGUAUGGAUCCUCAAAAGCAACACGAUAUCGCUUCCAAGGGAGGUCAAGCUUCCUCUGGUUCCUUCGAGAAGGGUAGCGAGAGAGCUCGUCAAGCAGGACGCAAGGGAGGACGUGCUACAGGACGUGAACAAUAUAAUGAGGAGGACGAUGAUCCCUACAUCCAAGACCAGGAGUAA